AUGGCGUCGCUGGAGGGCCUGAGGCCAUCGCCAGACCCCGCGGAUGAGACUUUUAGUCUCCUUGGCCGCCAGACUACCCCUGUGGGAGCAGACCCCUUUCUGGAGGGUGGCGCUCCGGGGGACCGGGAACAGCAGCUCCUUUCACCCGAGGAUUCGUUCCUAUGGCAGGAACCACCGCUUCCGGAUUUUCUUUGGUCCCCACCGGGUUUGUUGCAGCUGACUGAGCCGCUCCAUCUUCGGAACUCAAAUUUCCAUCUGGUGACCGUGUGCCGGGAGCGCCCAGUGACCCCAACCGAAUGGCUCCUUCCGCAACCAGGGUCAUCCUGCUGUCAGCAACCCUCUGGUCCCUCACUCCACCUUUGGACCAUUGGAUCGUCCCUCAGCCCAAGGCCAAUGUCUGGCAGACACUCUCACGAGUCCUCGGCCAGGAACAUAUAUGCCUCAACACCGUGUCAGCAGAGGACCCAACGUCAUCGUGCCUUGUGGGGGAUCCCUCUCCCUCCCAAUGAGCUACCUUCCCCCUUUAAUACCUCUCUUUCUGCCCUCAUGCCCAAAAAGAUUGACUCUCCCAUUGAUCCUAAAGGUGCCUGGAGGGACGGGAUCAAAGGGCUGGCCCCUUUAGAUUCCGAACCCCUCAAAUUUGAUUUGCUCGGCUCCACCAAUGCCUCCUUUUGCUUCCAAUUUGUGUUCUCCCCAGUCCCUGGAGACAAGCGGUUCGAAUCAGUGCGGCAAUUUAAAAGAGAAUACACUGCCAGCCAAUGGUGCUCGAUAGUCGCACAAAUAUAUACUCCAUCCACCUUUGGUGGCAAGCCGCUGUCUCUACCCCGGGCUAUUUUCUUAAUUUGCGGAGACCGAGUGUGGGCAGGCAUCCCCUCUCACCUUAUUGGAGGCCCUUGUACUUUGGGACGGCUGAUGCUGUUUACGCCCAACAUAACCCAAAUUAAUAAUUGGAAAGCAAAAAAUGUCACACUGAAUUCGGCCCGCUCUAAAAGAGAUCUUAAAGAUCUCGACCCAGAGUGUGACUCCGAAAUUAUUCAUUGGUCCAAGCCAAAAGGGAUUGCAAUCACCAUGUUUUUGCCCUGGGUAUCCACAGCCAAAGCUCUAGGCGAAUUGGCCCACCUAGAGUGUUGGGUGGCUAAACAAGCCAACUUUACAUCAGCCGUGUUAUCAGACCUCUUAUCAGACGAGGCGAUAACAAGGAAGGCGACACUCCAAAACAGAGCAGGCAUUGAUUUUCUUCUUCUGCUCCACAAUCAUCAAUGCGAGGAGUUCAAGGGCCUCUGCUGCCUCAAUCUAUCAUCAAAGGCCGAGGACGCAAGAAGUUCCAUCAAUAAGAUGCGAGAGCUAAUCCACGACAUCAAAAAGGAGACGUCAGACUGGCUGGGGGACAUUUUCAGUGGAUGGGGCCUUUCUGGCUGGGUAGGGUCGAUUCUAAAGAAUGUGCUUUUGGUUCUUUUGAUUUUAGUUGUCGUAUUGAUUGCCUUUUUGAUUAUUUGGUGUCUGAUUAAGAGACUGCUAAUCAAGUUGACACACACACCGAGCAUCAACCAGGUGGUGAGCUCAGAUGAUGGACAGUCAGAUGAUGUGCCUGCCGCAGAGGAAGAUCAAUGGACCUCAGCCCCUGUGAGCCACCCCUGGUUCGGUGAACUUUAUCCAGACUCAGAAUAUGACAAUCAAAUUCAGUUCACUUUGGUUUAGGCUUUCCAUUGUUCUUCUUUUUAUUUUUAAACAAAAAAGGGGGAGAUGUUGUGUUGUGUUGGUAUGUUCUGUUCCCCCAUGUUUUGUAAUGGUUCUGCCCUGGUUCUCCCUCCCCUCCCUGUACUUGUCAGUUACUCUGGUUCCUCCCUGGUCUCCCUGGAGAUCGAUGUAUCUUUUUCUAAACCCCUCCCUGGUGCCCUGCCAUUCACUCUCUGCCACCAGCUUUUUCUCUGGAAACUUCUGUCUAGGGCACGGAGUGAUUGGUUCAGGGGCUGGGGCCCCUCCUCCAAGUUGUUGUUAUUGGUGUUUUCCUUAUGUCAAUUUUCUGUACCCCACUCCCCCCUGCACUCCUAUUCACCCGAAAACGGGCUCCUCCCCUGUAUCCCUCUCCCUUUAUAAGUUGCUUUAGCUCUUCCCUUGCCCUCUUCUGUUGCUGGCUUCCCUGGGAGCUACAAUAAACCUGGACUUGCCCCAACCA